AUGUACGAUGCGGAAAACGUCGUCGGGGCGCCUGACUUUGAGCCACAGGGAGACGGCUUCCCCGGCGUCGACUUGCUCAUGGACCUCAGCAAUCAUCGCUGUGGGACGCUAGACCUUGUGAAGUGUACAGCAGACCUCGGCGAAGUCUCAGAAUUUCCCGUCAAAUCGCCCGAACAAUCAGUCCCGGGAGAGCAACGAGCCUUCGAUGACGACUCGGGCGCAUUCCCUGAAGCCUCGGCAGACACAAUCAACCAAGGCCACCCGGAGACGGGCAGCUCGCCCAUUGCGCCAUCUCUUCCGCCUCCGGAGAGCAGCUCUGUACGCGUGGAAAUCCCCGAGUGUGCCCUUCUGACGCCUCGGUCCUACUACGAGCCUUUCGAACCACCUGUGCUCACAAUGCCUGAAUCGCAGGCUUUGGCAACGCUAGCUUCAGUCCGCAGACGGCUUCGAAAGCCCGCUGCUGAAUUCGUCGAGUAUAACCUCGACGAGUUCGCCGUCUAUUGUGACACGCAAACCUAUCCUUGCGAGAUGAGACCGUUGCACCAUCUUGAUACCAAGUUGCAACUCGGCGUCUUCUUCUUCGACGGCGUUUUAAGUGUUUGCGGUCAAAGCAGCAUCUUUGUGAGGCGCGUUCCCAUCUUCGCCAUGCCAAUCGACAACUACGGCGAUGUCUCCAAGCACACGGUUCAAGGCGACGUGUGGCUCCAAUCAGCACUCAACCGCCACCGAAACAUCUACUACAGGUUGGGCAAACCAGCAAAGGAGUACUCGCGCUUUUACCAUCCCUCGCUGUGGGUGGCCGACCUCGCGAAGCACUUUGUCGACUUCUUAAAGGUCAUGGAAGACCACAAGAGAAAAGUCUCCAUCCGCCUGUUCAGCACCACGUUUUGCACAUGGCUCAAGCGAAGACACAAGAACGCGCCGGCGUUUUUGAGGUGGCUCAAACAACAUCCGUGUGAGGAUUUCCGAACUGCCAUUGCCGCCAACCUCCCAUUUCUGCACAAGGAAGCCAUCGGCGUUCUCGGACCAGCGAGCACAUAUUUCCAUAUGAUAUGGUCUGAGACCUGGAACUUCAGUCGCUACAAAGUGCAGCCCGCCGCCGCCAGUCCUCGAACGGUCGUGACACAGUACACCUACGAUUGUUUUAAGCACAUGCCCUUUGGAGAUCAGCUGGAGGUGGUCCCAAUCAGCGCAAAGACUAAGAACCUGCGAAACAGGCUCAUCCGAGAGCGUCACUUGGAGUUGCCUGCUGCCCUCCACGAGUCCCCCAAAAGCGUAUCCACCGCGCCAGAUGCACGAAUCAAGAACAUCAAGCCAGGGGACACCAUUUCCACGCACCGAGACGGCGAGCAGUCGGGAACAAUGUGGAAACGUGAGGUUUCCAGGGAUUUCAACGACGUUGACCGGUGGUUCGCGCUGGUCCAGGAGGUGUAUACCCAGAAAGGUGGCAAGCGAGCCUUCGACGUCAUCUGGUACUAUCGGCCAGUCGACACGCUCUGUGGCUUGAUGAAGUACCCCUGGAAUAACGAGUUGUUUCUGUCGGACCAUUGCUCGUGCCCCGAAAAUCACAAGAUUGGCGAGGACGAGGUGCUGGGGGUCCACGAUGUCGAAUUUGGCGCGACUUCAGCGACAAACGCCGAGUUCUUUUGUCGGCAGACUUACGUCCAUGAGGAGCGCAAGUGGGUUACGUUGGACGCCCAGCACAGGUGGUGCGAGCACACGGGCCAGAAAAGCCGAUCGUCUCAAUACAGAACUGGAGACACCUUGCUGGUAUGCAUCGAUGCUGCGAGCGGCAUGUCCGAACCCUGCGAGCUCGUCAUCUCCUAUAUGGAACUCAGCAAGACCAUAUACCGGCUCCGAAGGCUGCUUCGACGCAUACAGGUCGAUCCACAAGCCCAGACUGCCCGCCCCAACGAGCUUGUGUACAGCGAGCUCUUCAUCGAAUGCGGAGAGAACCGGAUCGUCGGCCGCUGCCACGUCCGCUUCUUUGCGGUUGGUGCCACCAUCCCGCCUCCAUACGACCGUGAUGGGGUGGGUGGUUGCUUUUAUCUUGGCCACCAGCAAGUCGUGGACGAAGACGGUGUUUCGCGAUGUGUGCCCCUUGAAUCGGGGCCCACGACCAUGCGACAGGGCUACGAUCCGGAAAUGGAGAUGCCCAAACUCCGUGGAAUCGACCUAUUCUGCGGCGGCGGCAACUUCGGAAGGGGUCUCGAGGAAGGUGGUGGCAUCCAGAUGAACUGGGCGAACGACUACGACAGCAAGGCCAUGCACACGUACAUGGCCAACUUGCCGGAUCCAGAGGCAGUGACGCCCUUCCUCGGCUCCAUUGACGACUUGCAGCGCCUCGCCAUCAAGGGCAACUUUUCCAAGCGCGUUCCGGCCAUCGGCGACGUCGACUUCGUUUCCGCGGGCAGUCCGUGUCCGGGGUUUUCUCAGCUGACCAACGACAAGACGACGGUCCGGCAGCGCAAGAAUCAGUCUCUGGUGGCCGCCUUUGCAUCCUUUGUCGACCUCUACCGGCCCAAGUACGGCCUCUUGGAGAACGUCCCGGGCAUCGUACACAAGCAUGCCAACCGCGACCAGGACGUCUUCAGCCAGCUCAUUUGCGCCGCAGUCGGCCUCGGCUACCAGACGCAGUUUUUCUUCCUCGACGCCUCGUCCUGCGGGUCGCCCCAGCGCCGCUCCCGCGUCUUUCUCGCCUUCGCCGCGCCAGGCUACAAGCUCCCGGGCAAGCCUCUCAUGACGCACUCGCACCCCCCAAAGACGAGGUCUCAAGGCUUGGGAAUGCUGCCCACCGGCGAGCCAAUGGCGGUGAGGGAGAUGCCGCGGGCAACGCCCUUUAAGUUUGUCACCGCGGAGCAGGCGACGUCGGACCUGCCCGCAAUCCUAGAUGCGAAGCCAGAUAUAUGUGUCCCGUUUCCAGACCAUCGUGUCUCUCUGGGAAUAACGCGCAAACAGAGAACACGCAUCUCGCUCAUCCCGAAUCAACCCUGGGGCAUAAACUUUGCGCAGGCCUGGUUUGGUAUGGGCUCGAAGCGCGCCCCCGGUGCCGGGAUCCUGACACCCGCCGAGCACGCACUGUUUGUCCUGUCUAGACGUAAUGCGCCCACCGAGGGAAGAGACGCGAGCGAGGUUAAGUGCCGCCAAAGCCGCGUCGGCCCCACAGGCGACCUUUCCAAUGCUUACGGACGCCUCUACCCACACCGGCUUAUGGAGACAAUAGUCACGGCGAACAACCCGUGCGAUGGAAAGAACGGGCGCUCGCUGCACUGGCGCGAGGAUCGCAUCAUGACCAUCAUGGAGGCACGCCGCGCACAGGGCGUCCGCGACGACGAGGUGCUCCUGGGCAACCCGGCCACGCAGUACAAGAUUGUGGGCAACAGCGUGGCAAGGGAGGUGGCCGUUGCGCUGGGUAUUGUCUUCCGGGAGGCAUGGGCGGAGAGCCUCGAGGCGGGCGGCGGGUUUUCCGGUGAGCCGAUCAAGCUGGUGGACAAUGGCGAGAGCGUGGACGAGGCCGAGGCAAUGCUCGCAACAGAGCCCCCCGUGGUCAUGGUUGACGACGCGUCGGCCAUGUCGGAGCCGGCGCCGGGGCUCUGGUCCUCGUGCGGCAGUUCGACGCCCGCCACGACGAUAGCAUACCCUUCUCCCACGCCGAGCCAAGCCGGCACGGCUGGGGGCGUCAAACGGCAAAUGUCGCUCACCGUUGAAAUCCGCAGCCCCAAGCGACGUCGCAGUGAAUCGCCCAAGGGGGCCAAUGUCAUGGGCGAGCCCAGUCCACUUGGCAAGACGGUUGUCGCGCUCGACGAUGUGCAGCCUCUUGAGUAG